AUGGCUAACAAUGGCUACACGUCGCCGUUUCCGACCUCACAUGAUACCAUUGGGCAAUCUACAUUAGUGACACCUCUUUUCAUGCGAUCUUCUCCGCCACAACGUCCUACAAGUCAAUCUCCUUCCCGUUCUCCGUUGCGCCCAGAAAGUCCACUCUCCGAUGACUUUGACCCACAUGCAGAAGAUCCAGAUGAGCGCGAACCUCCCCAUAACGACGAGCAUGAUGAACUAGAGGAGCAUGGCCAUGACGAUGAACAUGAAAAUGAACCCCAUCAUCUAUCACACCACUCAGCACCAGACAGUCCAACUGGAUCUGAUUUGGAUGCGCGACUCGCGGAGUAUACCUUGGACUUCAGCCAAUUUCCUAGUGGCCAUUUCACAGAUGGGCAAGAUGAUAUGCCUCUGCCAGAUAUGAAGGAUGAUAUGGAGGACAGACUUUCCGAUGUGGGCGGCCCGGAAGAUUUUACCGCCAAUAUGGAGAAAUAUCUGAUGGGUGAAGACAUGUCCAGUGUUCGGAAAUCUCGGGUCAAUGAGGAUCGGGACGAGCCUGGGUCAGCCAUCAGAAACUUCUCCUUGCGGUCAAGACAGCCUGCCGUUGAAGAAGAUGCAGAUUCAGCGGAAUACAGUGAAUUCGGACCGCCCGUGGAUAUGUCGACUCCAUCGCAUAUGCUUCACAGGACUAGUGGGCUUGCCAAAGACUCUACUCGCCUUGAUGACAUUGAAGAGGACCCUGCGGAUGAACUCCCAAGUCCCGAGUCCCCAGCAUCUCGAAGAAUGUCGAAUAACUCACGAGACAUUGCGCAUGAGCGAGAGGAAGAUUUACAACAACGCAUCGCCCAGCUGGAAGAUGAACUUCAUGAUCGAGACGAGCAGCUUCUAAGAAACCGUCACAGUUUGUUAGAGGCAGCAUCGGCCAGUGAGCAGGUUCUUCAUCUCCAGACAGAGCUGCAGCUUAAAAAUGAGCACAUUGCGGAUAUUGAAGCCCAAAAUGGUGAUCAAGAAAUCCUUCGCGAACAGAUUCAGACUCUGCGACGACAAAUGAGUGAGCGUGAUAGGAUUAUUCAACAGUCUCAAGCAAAUGCGCUAGAUUUGAGUCCCCUUCAGCAACAAAUCCGUGACAUGCAACACCAGCUUAAAAACCAAGAGUCGCAGAGCUCACUGGAUACUGAGCGCUUGGAGACUAUUGCUCAUCUGAGGCAACAACUCAACCUCACUCAAGAGCAGCUGAAGAAACGCGAUGCGACAUUAGAGGAGACACUUGCCAGACUGAGUGAGGUGACCCAUGCCAAGGAGAUACAGCUCCAUGAGAAGAAUAGCGAGAUCGAUCGCAUCCAAGCCAAUUUAGAUGACAUGGCUCUGGAGAACGAGAAGCUUGGGGCCGAGUUACAAAGCGUCAAUGCCGACUAUCAAUCUCUCGAAGAUCGUCUUACUAACCUUGAGACAAAGAAUCAGCCGCUGGAGGAAAGAAAUCAAUUCCUUGAGGCCGAUCUCAGCCGUGUUCAAUCACACUUGGAGGCCCAAGAAAAUGCCCUCAAAUCUAUGGCUGCAGAUCUACCCAUUGAUAGUCGCAGCACUUACAGUGAGAUUCUUGAUCUCAUCAAAGACUUGGGCCCUCCGGAGGCUGAUAUGGAGCCUGAAGAAUCUCCUCCGCGGCAGAAGUACCCAGUCAACUCAGAAAUUCAACAUCUACGCGAUGAGAUCGCAAGACUUGAGCAAGAAAUUCAAGAUGCUUUCGGUGCUCAGAAGGCCGCAGAAAAUGAAGCAGGCCGCCUCCGCGAACAAACCACCGAAAUGCAAAGCUUGAUCAAGACCGUUGAAUCCGAGAACCUGCGCCUUACGGGUAGGGUUGAGGAGCUGACAACAACUCUAAACAAGACGCAGCAUGAUCUUACUCGUACGCAGGAGGAACAUGCUGAGUCUCUUGAGACUGUUGCCCGUUUGCAAGAGGAGGCCAUUGGUCAACCUCCUAGCCCGCCUCCAUCUCCACCAAUGGCCCACGGUGCAAUUGGCUCAAUUCAAGACCAUCCCGACACAGUCGCAUUGGAGGAAACCCACCAAGCCCAGAUCAGGAGCCUCCAGACAGCCCAUUCCACAGCCAUUUCUACCCUCCGCUCUUCACAUGCUGAGUCCAUGCGCAAGAUUCGCAAUCUCCUUGCUUCUGCCGAGCAACGCGAAGCAGAUCUUCGUGUAGAGCUCACUACAAUCCGCACAUCAAUCUCUACUCAGGAAUCCCAGCUGCGCAAGUCUUUGAGAUCUGAAAUCAAACGUCUCGAAGCUGUCAUUGCUGCUAAGGAUGAGACUGCCGUGGCAAUGGACCAACGAAUUGCCUUAUCAGUAGACAAGAGAGAACGCGAGUGGGAAGCCCGUGUGGACCUUCUUCUGAAAGAGCGUGACCGCAUGGCCAAGGCAUUGAUGAUGUACUGGGGUGAGAAAGAAAUGGGUCGGGGACCAGGUGUUCUAGCAGAAGGGAAAGAAAAUCGUCGUCUUGAUGGCGACAGUAAGGAAUCUAAGCAGGGACAGGCAUAUCGAUACAAAUAUGCCCAGAAGCAGCGGUCGAAGAGCGGAGAGAAAAAGCCCUAA